AUGGCGACAGAAAGUGAGGUUGCAUUUGAAGAUUUUUUCCCGUCUAUGGUAGAGAAACUGGGUGCAGAAGGUUUCGUGAACGAGCUGUGUAAUGGGUUUCGCUUGUUGAUGGAUUCUGAGAAGGGAGUCAUUACAUUGGCGAGCUUGAAGAAGAAUUCUGCAGUUUUAGGGUUGCGUGGAAUGAACGACUCAGAUUUGAUUUGCAUGUUGAAAGAAGGUGAUUUGGAUGGUGAUGGGUGUCUGAAUCAGAUGGAAUUUUGUGUUCUUAUGUUUAGAUCGAGUCCUGAUUUGAUGAAAAGAUCAAGAAUGUUGUUUGAGGUUUUGCUGUAA